AACGCGUCAAUGAGCCAACAAGCAGCAUUUCUGAGUAUAGACCAUGUGUCUCUCGAAUCCCAUCCGUUCAUGAAGCGGUAUGUCUUCAUAGAGAUUAUAAAAUACCACCAUGCCAUAGAUAUGAUCCUUUCCCUUCACUACUCCAGCCAUACGAGCCUUAUAACAGCUCAUGCGCUCUUCGAGCGAGUAGCACCAUUGAUUCAGAAAAGAACUAAAAUAUCAGCACUACAGUCGGUCUUGAUGGUGGACCCGAACUGCUACAAGCUCGUGAGUCCCACCAAUGUUACCGACUACUCUCCCUGUUAUGUGGCCUUAUUUGAUCCCAUCAACCAGUUCAAUCAGCUGCUCGAAUCACGAAAAUUGCGUUUUAUCAGCCUGAUAAACAAUUGGAUCACAACCCACCAGGAAAUUGGGUACUUGAAAAUCCCUUCAAUUACCCAGAUAAUUGAAAAACACAGUGCAAACACCAGCAAAUCAUCAUCUCCUUCAAAAGUUCUCAAACCUAGGCUUACCCUCAAGAAUGACUCGUCCAAGUUCCAAUUCAAACUGCGAGAUGAGAAGACCCAAUCGUCUAAAAGCAAUGGUUUGUCUCUUCUUGAACGUAUAAAGUUAAAGGAACAACAAUCGAAGCAGCAGAAGCAACAAGAGACCCCAGAAGCACAAAGAGAGGAUUAUUUGCAAGGUAAGUUGGAGUCGAUUUACAACAUCAUCUACCAAAUCAACGGUGAGCAGAACAAACCUACCAGUUUUACCUUGACAGGACUCACACAAAUAGUAAAGGAUAGUCUUCAUUAUCCCACACACGAAGAAGAUAUUCAGGAGUGUUUGGAGUUGUUAGCCAAAAGACUCAACCAUGCCAUCAUUAUCACCACUCGUGGAGGGCUUUCGGUGGUGAAGGUGAUGAAGCUUGAUAGAGAAGGCGACUUAGAGUCGUUGAAGUCAAACAAAACUGUGCAUGCAUUCUAUACGGCAUGUAAAUAGACUAUAUAUUAACGAACUUGGCAUACUAAGCACUAAUGUCCAGCUUUUCCUCUUCUUCGUCUCUAAUCGCAAUAUCGGCAGGUGCUGAGUUCAUGUACAAAAACUUCAACAAAAUCUCAAUACCAUAUGUAGCACCCAAAUCAAGGAGAAUGGAUCCAGUCAACUUGGUCUUGAACUCUACAUCCAUCUUGACGAAUUGCAUAGCUUCGUUCAAUUCAGGCAUGAAUUCGGUGGAUCCAGACAAUGCCAAACCAGCAACCCCCAAUAAACCAUAGUACAUACCCUUGUUCAGGGAGAUGUUUUCCUUGAAUGGUUCACCUUGGUAGUUGACAGCAAAUGUAGACACUUGUUGGGCCAAUUGUAAUAAAAACAUACCAGUGUUCAACAAUGAAGGAGAGAACUCCUUUUCUAAAUCCACCUGAGGUUCUCUUGGUUCCAAGAUGUAAAUUUCACGGGUAAUGUAAACCAAGGUGAUAAUGUGAAUAGCAAAUUGUCCCAAGAUAGACCCCAUGAUAUACUUGUUGAAAAUCCCAUCUUGUGGUCUUUCCUUUGAAAGCUUUUCCAAUGGCUUACCUCUGGAGAUGGACAAGAAACAAACAGACAAUAAGAUACCGGAAAUCGUGGCUUGUGCAUCACCAAACUUGAUACCGGCCAAAUACAACACAGACAACGAGUAAGCAGAAAUCAAACAGUUCAAAGCCAAAAUUUUGUACAUUUGAAUGGUGGCCACCAAUGCACAACGACCUUGACGAAUGAUGUGGAUCACAGCAGAAACAUUGGCCAAUUUGGACGUAAAUGGAGCUGCCACAGAUGCAUCUCCCAAUUUCAAGGUAGGAGCUUCGUCUUCUUCUUCAGCAUCGUUCAAAGCAGUCAAGAAUGCAUCACCAAUUCCGCCAGCACCAGCCUGAGCAGCCUUAGAUUUAUCAACAGUGAUAGUUUUUCCUGUUUUCAUUGCAUAUUCAACAGUCUUUUCCAUUUGAGAAGUGAUUUCAACACCUUUCUUCUUCAUAGCUUCCAAAUACUUAGGGUUAGAAGGUCCAGGUGGAUACAAAUGAGCAAUAAUCAAAGGAGCAGGUGGAGGUGGUUUGCCCCAGUUUUGGAACAAAGCAAUCUGCUUUUCAUACACCUUGACAGUAGCACCGAUUUUUCUGUUUUCAGCAAUCUUUUUCAAUCCAUCUUCAGUACCGUUCAAUAAAGCCACACCAAUGUGAGCCUGUUUCAAAGCACCAACAUCGUUGGUACCAUCUCCACACAUCAAGGUCUUGUAUCCAGCAUCUUUUAACGUGUUCAACAAGUAUUCCUUUUGAGCAGGUGAAACUCUAGCAAACACCCAGGUGUGCUUGAGCAAAUCCAAAAUCUGUUCGUGAGAAACCAAGUAGUUUAAAGCAUAUCCAGUAAGACAAAUAUCAUACUUCUUGAACAAGCUAGUGUCAAUCUUGUCGGCAGCCUUCACUGGGAUCACAACAGUCUCAUCAACGUUUCUCCAUACCAAGUUGUGACCUCCAACUUCAUGAUGCUCUUC